ACCGAAAUCGAAUUAUCGUUGCCCAAUAUGGCACCUGGACUGAUCGAUCCCGAGCCCGCCGUCGCGCAGUCGACAGUGCGUACCCUGUCGUCCAUCACCGAGGAAUACGACGACACGUUGAGAUUCUACCUGAACGGCACAAAGGUCGUGCUCGACACAGCAGAUCCCGAAGUCACACUGCUCGAGUACCUUCGUGGUAUUGGCUUGACAGGAACAAAGCUCGGCUGUUCUGAGGGAGGCUGCGGUGCAUGCACAGUCGUCGUGUCGCAGUUCAAUCCAACAACGAAGAAGAUAUACCAUGCCUCAGUCAACGCAUGUCUGGCUCCUCUGGUCAGCGUGGACGGCAAGCAUGUCAUCACCGUCGAGGGCAUUGGCAGUGUCAAGAACCCACAUCCCGUGCAAGAGAGGAUAGCCAAGGGAAACGGAAGCCAUCUUUACGCUUUAUUACGAAACACGCCCGAACCGACAGAACACGAAAUCGAAGAAGGAUGCGACGGCAACCUCUGUAGAUGCACAGGAUACAGACCCAUCCUCGAUGCCGCCCAAACAUUCAAAAAGUCCUCGAAUGGCAGUGCCUGCUGUAAAGACAACGCCUCAGCCGAGUCCACCGAAGGAGGAUGCUGCAAGUCGAACGGCAAUGCCACAAAGAUCACACCACCCUCGAAUGGCUGUGGAAGAGUAGGAGGUUGCUGCCAGGACGGCAAAGCUGUCGUUGAUGAUCAACCCAUCAAGCGUUUCACGCCCCCUGGCUUCAUCGAAUACAACCCAGACACACAACUCAUUUUCCCUCCAGCCCUCAAGAAGCACGAGCUCAAGCCGCUAGCCUUUGGAAACAAGAANAAGAAGUGGUUCAGACCAGUCACACUCCAACAACUGCUAGAGAUCAAGAGCGUCUACCCUUCAGCGAAGAUCAUUGGUGGUUCAUCAGAAACACAGAUCGAGGUCAAAUUCAAGGGCAUGCAAUAUACUGCUUCAGUAUUCGUUGGCGAUAUUGCAGAGUUGCGCCAAUACGAGUUCCACGAUGACUAUUUAGAGAUUGGUGGAAACGUUGUUCUGACCGACCUCGAACAGAUUGCUCGCGAUGCAAUCGAACGAUAUGGACCUUCCAAGGGACAGCCCUUCAAAACAAUCCUCAAACAGCUCAAGUACUUCGCUGGACGUCAGAUCAGAAACGUCGGUACACCGGCCGGAAACUUGGCUACAGCUUCACCUAUCUCAGACCUGAACCCUGUCUUCAUGGCCACAAAUGCUAUCAUCGUUGCCAAGUCACUCGAGCAGACCACUGAGAUUCCUAUGUCAGACUUCUUCAAAGCAUACAGAUUGACUGCUCUGCCUCCGGAUGCCAUUAUUGCAAGCAUCAAAAUUCCCGUUUUCAAGGAGAAGAAUGAAUACAUGCGUGCAUACAAGGUGUCNAAAAGAAAGGACGACGAUAUCGCUAUUGUCAACGCUGCUCUUCGCGUGGUCCUGAGCGAUUCGAACGAUGUCAAAGACUGCAGUUUGGUCUAUGGUGGUAUGGCCCCUGUCACGAUAUCCGCCAAGGAAGCAGUGAAAGCUCUCACUGGCCAAAAGUUUACUGAUCCGAAGACCCUGGAGGCUGUCAUGAACGGACUGGAGAAAGACUUCGAUCUAAGAUUCGGUGUCCCCGGUGGCAUGGCUUCUUACCGCAAGUCUCUGGCCCUUGGCUUCUUCUACCGCUUCUACCAUGAGAUCUUGUCCGAGCUUCCCGUCACUGAUGCCAACAUUGACCACGACGCUCUUGGAGAAAUCGAACGUAUCAUUUCCUUCGGCAAGAAGGAUCACAAGGCUGGAGAAGCGUAUGAACAAAAGAUUCUUGGCAAGGAGCAGCCACACGUGGCGGCCAUGAAGCAANNAAGCACUGGAGAGGCACAGUACACGGACGACAUUCCUGUACAAAAGAACGAGCUUUACGGGUACAUGGUCUUGUCGACCAAAGCACAUGCGAAAGUUCUGAAUGUCAACUACGAGGCUGCAUUAGAGAUUCCUGGUGUUAUCGAAUGGGUUGAUCAUCGAGACCUACCUAAUCCUGAGGCAAACUGGUGGGGUGCACCAUCUUGCGAUGAGACCUUCUUCGCUGUAGAUGAAGUUUUCUGCGCAGGUCAACCGAUCGGUAUGAUUUUGGCCAACUCAGCUAAGCUCGCCGAAGCUGGUGCCCGCGCAGUCAAAGUCGACUACGAGGAACUGCCGGCUAUUUUCACCAUUGAAGAAGCCAUCUUGAAAGAGAGUUACUUCAAUCAUUACAGAUACAUCCAGAACGGUGACGUUGACAAAGCAUUUGCCGAAGCUGAUCAUGUGUUCACUGGUGUUGCUCGCAUGGGUGGUCAGGAGCACUUCUACUUGGAGACGAACGCUUGUGUUGCUGUUCCCAAGCCCGAAGAUGGCGAGAUGGAGAUCUUCAGUAGCACACAAAAUCCUUCUGAGACACAGACAUAUGUCGCUCAGGUGACUGGAGUCGCGGCCAACAAGGUUGUUUGCCGUGUCAAGCGACUGGGUGGUGGCUUUGGUGGCAAGGAAACUCGCUCCAUCCAACUAGCAGGUAUCGUUGCUACAGCGGCCAAGAAGGUUGGUCGUCCGGUUCGUUGCAUGCUCAACCGUGACGAAGAUAUUUUGACUUCGGGUCAAAGACAUCCCUUCCUUGCUCGCUGGAAGGUUGCAGUCAACAAAGAUGGCAAGCUUCAAGCCUUGGAUGCCGAUGUUUUCAACAACGGAGGCUGGAGUCAAGACCUCAGUGGCGCUGUCGUUGAUCGUGCUCUUUCUCAUAUCGACAACGUUUACAAAAUCCCUAACGUGUUUGUCCGCGGACGCGUUGCCAAAACCAAUACAGUGUCUAACACUGCUUUCCGUGGAUUUGGUGGUCCUCAGGGUAUGUUCAUCACAGAGACUUUCAUGUCAGAAAUCGCAGACAAGCUCGGCAUGGACGUCGAUCAUCUUCGUGAGAUCAACUUGUACCAACCCGGCGACAAGACACACUUCCUCCAGAAGCUUGAGGACUACUACGUACCUCUGAUGUACAAGCAGGUCAAGGAAGAGUCCAAUUACGUGGAGAGGAAGAAGGAAAUCGCUGCUUACAACGAAAAGAGCAAGUACUUCAAGCGAGGUAUCUCGCUGAUUCCUACCAAGUUUGGUAUCUCCUUCACCGCACUUUUCUUGAACCAGGCAGGUGCGCUGGUGCACAUUUACCACGAUGGAUCCGUACUCGUCGCGCACGGAGGAACAGAGAUGGGUCAGGGUCUGAACACCAAGAUGAUCUCAAUCGCAGCUGAAGAUCUCGGCGUCGCUAUGGAAGAUGUCUUCAUCUCCGAAACCGCAACCAAUACUGUUCCUAACACAUCGUCCACUGCCGCUUCAGCGUCCUCUGAUCUCAACGGUUAUGCCAUCCACAAUGCCUGCGCACAACUCAACGAGCGUCUCGCUCCUUACAGGGAGAAGCUUGGUCCUAAGGCCACCAUGAAAGAGCUCGCCCACGCCGCCUACUUCGAUCGUGUCAACCUCUCUGCCCAAGGUCACUACAAGACUCCUGACAUCGGCUAUGUCUGGGGACCUAACACUGGCCAAAUGUUCUUCUACUUCACCCAGGGUGUGGCAGCAGCCGAAGUUGAAGUUGACACCUUGACAGGAGAAUGGACUUGCCGCCGCGCCGACAUCAAAAUGGACGUUGGCCGCAGUAUCAACCCAGCCAUCGACUAUGGCCAAAUCGAGGGUGCGUUCGUGCAAGGCAUGGGUCUCUUCACCAUGGAAGAAUCACUCUGGCACCGUGCAUCUGGCCAGAUCUUCACUCGCGGCCCUGGCGCCUACAAGAUUCCUGGCUUCCGCGACAUUCCCCAAGAGUUCAAUGUCUCUCUUCUCAAAGACGUGAAUUGGGAGAAUCUGCGCACGAUCCAGAGAUCUAGGGGUGUGGGUGAGCCACCGCUGUUUAUGGGCAGUGCUGUCUUCUUUGCUAUCAGAGAUGCGCUCAAGGCGGCCAGAAAGCAGUGGGGUGAGGAGGAAGUCCUAGAAUUGCAUUCGCCGGCGACGGUGGAGAGAAUUAGGCUGUCGUGUGCGGAUCCCAUCAUCAAGCGGUCUAUGGUCGUGCCUCAGGAGGGCGAGAAGAGUUUCUUCAUCAGCAUUUAA